UGCGAGGCGCGUGUCUUCCUGGAACUGACAAAUCUCGUGUUGACGAAGAAUAAGAAGCUGCCUUGUGGCCACUGUACUUAGUGGUGGAAGAGGAAGAGAAAACCCUGAGUAUAGGCAUCCCUGUAAUUCACGGACCCAACAACUAGGUUCGAAGGUCGCUGCGCGGGGUGAGUAAAAAAUCCGUGCAGCAUCCCUACGAAGCUUCGAACUCAAAGACAGGACUGUGCGGCAGAUAAUUAAGGGAGCACCGUCAUCCCGGAUUACGGCAUCAACAUUAGGAAAGGUGCCUGCCACUACAAGACCUUUCUCAGCGGGUAUAACAGGUGAUGUUCGCAAGGUGUCGCCGGUGAAAAUAUUCCAAGAGGAAGGGGACUAGAAAAAACAAGUAUGGAGAAUCGCACUUUAGUGACUAAGAAUCAGAUGUGUGAGCCCAGCGGGGCUGAGGCCGCAGGAUUGCCAAGCCACUUACGUAUCGAGGAACAACAGAGGAAACUAGUUGUGAAGGCACCAAAACGAAAAAUGGCGAAUCAAAGUCGAAGCAUGACAAAUACCGUUCUACAAAGCCCAAAGAAAGGUUCAUCUGGACCGAGACUGCCCCCAGAAGAAACAAAUCCAGUGAAUGAGAACCUCACAGAAAAGCGGCAAAUAACAGUAGUUGUUGAAACUGUGAAGCAGAACAGCGAAGAUAGAUCUUCUUCUGAUGAUGAUAAGGUAGUCUUAAGAACCACUCGAAGCACUAGUAGGAGACACCAGAAAGCUAAAUGUAACGAGGCCACAGAUGCAGGAAAGGCUGACUUGCAGGUUACCAGGAGAACCGAAAAAGGGAGCGCAAAAGUUCCACUUUACCAGCAGCAGAACAAAACCGACGUGCAUGACACUCAACGUGCGUCUCUCCCUGUUGCACGGAGCAAAUCGCAAAAGACAGGUAAGGAGAACCUGGACAAGGAUUCGGUUACUUUGGGUAGCAUGGAGGUAGUUUUGCAUGCAGCACAUGUCGAAGAGGACAGCUCUGCAUCUAACAUGCGACGUAAACCAAAGACGCAACUGGCAGAGGAAGAUGGUUCUCCUGGUCCUAGCGGUAACGUCACACGGAAAGGCACUCUUGUCCUUACCGUAGAUUCCCAGCACGAAGGAACCGAGUGCGCAACACAAAGAAUUACGCGCACUCGUGCAACAAAAGCACAGUCGCACAGAGCCGCCAAUGAAAACAACGAUGCACCGUUGCAGAAGUGUGGGACUCAGCAAAGCCAAGGAGGACAUGGAAGAAAUAUGAAAACAGCAAAAGCUAACAACAAAGAAGUCAUAGCACAAAAAAUGCAACCAAGUGCAAAAGGCAAACAGACGCAAUCGACCUUUAGCGAGGAGGAUAAAGGUGAAGACCCUGCUGUAAGUUAUGCCAUUACAGCUGGUAAAGGGACACUGAAGAGCAAAAUGAAAGCACGCAAAGCAGCUAAAGCACUGGCAAGUGCUACGACGGAUGACUGUUUCUCAGUGGGUAAUGCUCUCCAAAAGUCGAAGAAACCAGUUCCUGCUAUUCGUAUUAUCCCUGCCGCCGAAAUCAACGCGGAAUCAAACCUGUCUAAUAUGCACACUCCGAGCGUGAGUUCCCUGAUGAAAUCUACACCACAUACUACUGUGCAGAGCACGAGCAGCAUUUCUUCAUCAGAUCUGGCCGAGGCGGGUAGGCUGAUGUUUCGGAUGGAAGUAGAGAGCAGAAAACGAAAAGGACCGAUUUGUACAUCAAUUCCAUUCGUACCAACAAAGAAGGACAGACUACACAGCUUUUUCGGCUUACUCAACGAUGCUGAGCAAAAGACGCGUUUGCUCGAAGAAAAAAAGAACUUUGAAGAUUCUGAUCCAGAGCCGGACUAUUUCAGUGAUGCUGAUGCGUGAUGAGAGGUGUGGGAGUGGAUGAGACUACUGAAACGUUAUGGCAUAUAUGCGACGCUGCUGCACCUUGUAGCCAAGUCCUCUGAAGAUAUGGUGGGCACUUCCAAGAAUGCUGUCUUUUGGGUCCGUGUAGAUAAAAUUUUGCUUUCUGAAUGUAU